CCACACUCAUCCGACCGCUGCGCACGUGGUCACAUGGAAGGCCACGGAGAAGCAACCUCUAUGGACAUCAGAAGGCAGCGUCAACGUAGAUUGUUACGUUGAUCCAAAUUACCCCCAUGCAGGACCCAUCAUUGUCGUUCCUAACCGUGAAACAUCCGGAAACACUCUGUAUUGGCGCUGUCACUUUGUUUUUUUUGUCUCCCCUACCUCUCUCCCUGUUUGCCACCGCAACCUCCCCAACGUUCAGCACCACAAAGCGCCCACUGCUCUCUAACGCGGUGUCCCAUUCUUGUUUUCCUCAGAGGAAGCACGGCUUAAAAGUUUCAAUUUUGAGGAAGAAAGAGGAGCCCUAGCCCUGAAUGCUCCCGUGUUUUUGGGGAAGAUCUCAAGCUUGGAAAGAAAGCAAACCCUAAGCAGUUGGUGGGAAUGUGGAAACCAUUUGGAUUGCCACGCGCCUAGGCUUCGUUUGGAGAGCGAAGAUACCUUGAGUACGCUGAAGCAGUUGAGUAUUUGAAACUUCCUAAGCGAACUGCAUCAGCCCUCUACAGUGCGGGCGCGUAGUGCGCUUGUCCAUCUGCGGUCGCUACUGGGUAGUCGUUUUCGAAGGCAUAGUUGUUGGUCUUAGGGUGUCAAGUGGCUGGAGUUUAUUUCCAAUACGGAAAUUUGAAGGAAAAACAAUUCAAACUCAUGGCUGCUGAAAUGGUGAAAUCUGCAACUUCUGAGAAGCUAAUGGAUAUGGAUUGGACUAAGAGCAUUGAAAUAUGUGAACUAGUUGCGAAAGAUCAUGGGCAAGCAAAAGAUGUAGUAAAAUGCGUAAAAAAACGACUUGGCCACAAGAAUGCGAACACCCAACUUUUUACUGUCAGGUUGCUAGAGAUGUUGAUGAAUAAUUGCGGAGAACAUAUCCACAGACUAGUGAUUGAUAAUGGUCUUCUUCCGAUACUGGUGAAGAUAGUUAAGAAGAAGACAAACUUGCCUGUUCGGGAAAGGAUAUUUCUUCUUCUGGAUGCUACCCAGACGUCUCUUGGUGGGGCUGAAGGAAGAUACCCACAAUAUUAUACUGCCUACUAUGACCUUGUAGCUUCACGGGUACAAUUUCCUCAACGUAGUCAUAUUCAAUCCACCCAACAAUUUCAAGCAAAAGAAAUAAAUGAGCAUUUAAAGGAUUUGACUGCAGAAGUAUCUAUGUCCAAUAGAUGUCAAGAUGCUGCAAAAGAACCAAGUUCUCAAGCUGAGCAUAGCAUCAUUCAUAAGGCCACCAGUGUCAUGGAAGUUUUGAUGGAAACUUUGAAUGCCUUGACUCCUAGACGCCCUGAGGGGGCAGCUGGUGAGUUCAUUCUGGAUCUCGUUGAACAGUGUUCUUUUCAGAAGCAGAGAGUCAUGCAUCUUGUGAUGACCUGCCAUGAUGAGAAAGUGAUUGCUCAAGCAAUUGAAUUGAAUGAGCUGCUUGGUAAGGUUCUUACCCAACAUGAUUCACUUCUCUCUUCUCGAGCCCCCUCUACAACAGGUUUAUUUGUUAAUGAAGAAGCAGAGGAGGAUGAAAAGCUUCUUCUUCGUAGGAUAUGCAAAGGAAAAGCUCUUGCAGAAGAUAAUUUAGAGUUCUUGGGCAGUUCUUUAAGAUAUAUUUCUGAUGAAGAACUUGGGCGUCCUCUUGCACGGCCUCUUUGCAUACAACCAAACGAUCAAGAUAGCAUACCACGGCUGCCUCAUCAUCCACUUGGCUCCAUACCUCCACCUCCGGCAAAACACAUGGAAAGGGAAAGAUUUUUCAAGGGGAAGCACUUGGAUGGCCCUGCUAUUGUAGGCAAUAUGAAAAGCUUAUCUGUUCACAGUCGUACUGGGAGCAGCUCCAGGAGUGGAAGCACUGACUUCAGUGACACCAUUGAUUUUCAUGGUUGAUUUUUAACCAUGAAAUCAAAAUGCAGUGCUUGCAUUUUUAACCAAAAUGCAGGGCUUGCAUGUGGUGCUGCUUGGUAGUUUUAGGCUUCAUUUGGGACUUUUUUUAUUGCUUUUUGAAGCUGCUUUUUAGUAUAAAAUUUUUAAUUUUUUACUAAAAAUUGCUUCAAGUAAUAAAAAAGUCGUCUCAAACGAAGCCUUAGCCUUGCCGGCGUGUUUAUAGUGGAAAGGCCAAAAUAUUUAAGGGUUCAUGGCUACCUGUAUGCUUUGUCAGGACAUAACUAAUGUUUUAUAGCACUGUUCUGGGUGCUUUCUGCAGCUCCAUUGUCCUCUCGUUCAUAUACAUAUAUAUUUGUCUUCUGUACCCUAUAUAAGAACAGAAUGGCUUGUUUACUUGUGAACCAAUCCUAUCUCAGGAAGGUAUAUUUGGUGGAACUCAAGUGGUCGAAUUAUUUGUUAUAAAUUGAUUUUAUUGACUUGUUAUGUUCAAGAUAAGGGGUCAUUGUGUCUGGGCAAUUUUCUAGUUUGUAUUGUUUAAA